CUGGCCUGGAAUUAGGAGGCCAUUAGUAAGCAGGUUUGAUGGUCUAACAUUGCUUAACCAAAAAUAGUUGUAUUUGCACUUCAAGGUGGAGUGUUCUACAGCAGUGUCCUUUUUCCUCUCCAGGAGUUCUCAUUUCAUGCCAGCAUGGCAGAACAGGGCUCCUACCCCUCCUCUGCCUGGCAUUCGGGGAAUCCAUCUGCUCACAAUCCCACUUUGUGCCCUCUGGAACGUGUGGAUCUGGGAAUUACUGAGCAACCGACUCCACUGGAGCAGCCACCGCCAUCCCCAGACCUGGGCGAUGAAGAAGAUGAUGACGUUGAGCCUCUGCCAGACCCAGACGUGCCGUACCCUGACUUGGCUCCUGUGGUUUUCUUCUGCUUAAAACAGACGACCAGUCCUCGGAACUGGUGCAUCAAGAUGGUGUGUAAUCCUUGGUUUGAGUGUGUCAGCAUGAUGGUGAUCCUGUUGAAUUGUGUGACCCUUGGGAUGUACCAGCCCUGUGACGAUAUGGACUGUCUCUCCAACAGAUGUAAAAUUUUGCAGGUAUUUGAUGACUUCAUUUUCAUCUUCUUUGCUAUGGAGAUGGUGCUGAAGAUGGUGGCCUUAGGCAUCUUUGGCAAGAAAUGCUACCUUGGAGACACCUGGAAUCGUCUGGAUUUCUUCAUUGUCAUGGCUGGAAUGGUGGAAUAUUCUCUGGAUCUCCAAAAUAUUAACUUGUCAGCAAUCCGCACCGUACGUGUCUUGAGGCCCCUCAAAGCUAUCAACCGUGUGCCUAGCAUGCGAAUCCUGGUGAAUUUGCUGUUGGACACCUUGCCCAUGCUGGGAAAUGUUCUACUUCUCUGCUUCUUUGUCUUCUUCAUCUUCGGCAUCAUUGGAGUACAGUUGUGGGCUGGUCUGCUGAGAAACCGCUGCUUCAUGGAAGAGAACUUAACAAUACAAGGUAACAUCACUCUUCCCCCCUACUAUCAGCCUGAGGAGGAUGAUGAAAUGCCCUUCAUCUGUUCAUUGUCAGGAGAUAAUGGUAUCAUGGGAUGUCAUGAGAUUCCUCCCCUGAAGGAGCGGGGCCACGAAUGCUGUUUGGACAAGGAUGACUAUUUCUACUACAUCUCUGUGAGGCAGGAAUUCAAUGUCAGUGGCAUGUGUGUCAACUGGAACCAGUACUACAACGAGUGUCGCACAGGCAAUUCAAAUCCACACAAAGGGGCUAUCAAUUUCGACAAUAUUGGCUAUGCAUGGAUUGUUAUAUUUCAGGUAAUCACACUAGAAGGUUGGGUGGAGAUUAUGUACUAUGUGAUGGAUGCUCAUUCAUUCUACAACUUCAUCUACUUCAUCUUGCUGAUCAUUGUGGGCUCAUUCUUCAUGAUCAACCUGUGCCUAGUGGUCAUUGCCACUCAGUUUUCAGAGACCAAACAGCGAGAGCACCAGCUGAUGCAGGAACAGAGAGCACGAUAUCUGUCCUCCAGCACUGUGGCCAGCUACAUGGAACCAGGAGACUGCUACGAGGAGAUCUUCCAAUACGUCUGCCAUAUUGUGCGCAAAGCCAAGCGCCGGACACUUGGCUUCUACAACAGCCUGCAGGAUCGACGCCUCGGCCGAACAGAGCCAAGCACUUCCAAGCGGAGCAUGAGUGUGAAAGAGCAGAGGCAAUACAGGCGAUGUCGGAAGCACAAUUCUGUCGAUUAUAUGCCACAAAGUAUCGCUCAGCCUAUUGCCAUGACAUUGACCUCUGACCCCAGCAAUUGCCCAAGUUGUCACAAGACCCAGCGGGAAACAGCCCGAAGACCCUCUGUGCUGGACAGUGCUGACUCGGAUCAAGAAGAAGGAGGAGAAGCCAGCGAGGACGAAGGAGAUGGGAAGAAAGGAAGUGAGGGGGCUGCAGACCUGGAGAAGGAAGAGGAAGAUGGAGAAGAAGGUGGGCAACUGACCCACUGCGGUUAUAUGUGGCAAGAAGUAAGGGUUAAGCUGAGAGGAAUUGUGGAGAGCAAAUACUUCAACCGUGGGAUCAUGAUUGCCAUCCUCGUGAACACCAUCAGCAUGGGUAUUGAGCACCAUGAACAGCCAGAGGAACUGACCAAUAUUUUGGAGAUCUGCAACGUUGUGUUUACUAGCAUGUUUGCCCUGGAGAUGAUCUUGAAACUUGCUGCCUUUGGACUCUUUGAUUAUCUCCGCAACCCUUACAACAUCUUUGACAGCAUCAUCGUCAUCAUCAGUAUCUGGGAGAUCAUAGGCCAAGCAGACGGAGGCCUGUCAGUGCUGAGGACGUUCCGGCUGCUGAGAGUGCUGAAGCUGGUGAGAUUCAUGCCCGCCUUGCGGCGUCAGCUAGUGGUGCUAAUGAAGACCAUGGAUAACGUGGCUACUUUCUGCAUGCUCCUCAUGUUGUUUAUCUUUAUAUUCAGCAUCCUGGGAAUGCACAUCUUUGGAUGUAAAUUCAGCCUCAGGACAGACACAGGAGACACAGUCCCUGACCGGAAGAAUUUUGACUCUCUGCUUUGGGCAAUCGUCACUGUGUUCCAGAUACUGACUCAAGAGGACUGGAACGUUGUGCUCUAUAAUGGCAUGGCCUCAACUUCCCCUUGGGCAUCCCUUUAUUUUGUGGCUCUCAUGACAUUUGGCAACUAUGUUCUCUUCAAUCUGCUGGUGGCCAUCCUAGUGGAGGGAUUCCAGGCCGAGGGCGAUGCUAACCGGUCAUAUUCAGAUGAGGAUCAGAGUUCAUCAAACAUAGAGGAGUUUGACAAGUGUCAAGACAGCUUGGACCCAAAGCUCUGUGCAGUUCCUAUGACCCCAAAUGGACAUCUUGAUCCCAACAUUCCUUGUCUCAACCAGCCUGGGGCAGCUGCUGGAAUUCCUAACCCUUCUCGCCAUACUCUGCAACCGGACCAAGUCUUUGUUGCCCUUGAAUCCAGGAAAAGCAGUGUGAUGUCUUCGUCUAGCUCUCGUAGUUCUCACUAUGGAGCAUGGAGCCGGAGUGGGGGCUGGGGGAGCCGGCGCUCCAGCUGGAACAGCCUUGCACGGGGACACAGUGUCAAACACAAACCUCCUUCAGCAGAGCAUGAGUCACUCUUAUCUGGAGAAAGGCACAGGACUUGCGAGGGAGAAAGAGAAGGGCUGGUAAGAGUUCAACGCCAUCGACGCACACUCUCCCUAGACACCAAAGGCUCCUCUGAACUGGUUGAAUUGGCACCAUCUGUCCCACCCACUCACAGGACAUCACGGAGAAUAGGUGUGACAACAGGGCCAAGUGAGCAUCAGGACUGCAAUGGUAAAAUGCCCACUAUUGCAAAGGACAUCUUUCCAGAAAUGAACAAUCGCAAGGACCGUGGAGAAGAUGAAGAGGAGAUAGACUAUAGCCUAUGUUUCCGCAUCAAAAAGAUGAUAGAGGCCUACAAGCCAGACUGGUGUGAGUUGCGGGAGGACUGGUCUAUCUACCUCUUUUCACCACAAAACAGGUUCCGCAUCCUCUGCCAAACUAUCAUUGCUCAUAAGCUCUUUGAUUACAUCGUCCUGGCUUUCAUCUUCCUGAAUUGCAUCACUAUUGCCCUAGAGAGACCUCAGAUUGAACAGAGGAGCACAGAGAGAAUCUUCCUCACAGUAUCCAAUUACAUCUUCACAGCAAUCUUUGUUGCUGAAAUGACACUGAAGGUAGUCUCCCUUGGCCUAUAUUUUGGAGAGCAGGCCUAUCUCCGCAGUAGUUGGAAUAUUCUGGAUGGUUUCUUGGUGUUUGUGUCCAUUAUUGACAUUGUAGUUUCAGUGGCCUCUGCUGGUGGAGCCAAAAUUCUGGGGGUGCUACGAGUCCUCCGCCUACUGCGCACUUUACGCCCCCUCAGGGUCAUAAGCCGCGCACCAGGCCUCAAGUUGGUUGUUGAGACGCUCAUUUCAUCCCUUAAGCCCAUCGGGAACAUCGUCCUCAUUUGCUGUGCUUUCUUCAUCAUCUUUGGCAUUCUUGGGGUGCAGCUCUUUAAGGGGAAGUUCUAUCAUUGCCUGGGUGUGGAUAUCCGAAAUAUCACCAACAGGUCGGACUGCAUGGCUGCCAAUUACAAGUGGGUACAUCACAAAUACAACUUCGACAAUCUGGGCCAGGCUCUGAUGUCUCUCUUUGUGCUGGCUUCCAAAGAUGGCUGGGUCAACAUUAUGUACAAUGGACUGGAUGCUGUUGCUGUUGACCAGCAGCCUGUGACCAACAACAACCCUUGGAUGCUCCUCUACUUCAUUUCCUUCUUGCUCAUUGUCAGCUUCUUCGUGCUCAACAUGUUUGUAGGGGUGGUGGUGGAGAAUUUCCACAAAUGUAGACAACAUCAAGAAGCAGAGGAGGCCCGCCGUCGAGAGGAGAAACGCCUGAGGCGUCUAGAGAAGAAGCGUAGGAAAGCGCAGCGCUUGCCGUAUUAUGCCACCUACUGCUCUGUCCGCCUUCUCAUCCAUUCAGUCUGCACCAGCCACUACUUGGACAUCUUCAUCACCUUCAUCAUUUGCCUCAACGUCGUCACCAUGUCCCUGGAGCACUACAACCAACCAAUGUCUCUGGAGACUGCCCUCAAGUACUGCAACUACAUGUUCACUACAGUCUUUGUGCUGGAGGCCGUUCUGAAGCUUGUGGCCUUUGGGUUGAGGCGCUUCUUCAAAGACAGGUGGAACCAACUGGACUUGGCCAUUGUUCUACUCUCUGUCAUGGGCAUCACGCUUGAAGAGAUUGAAAUCAAUGCCGCCCUUCCCAUCAACCCUACCAUCAUCCGCAUCAUGAGAGUGCUGCGCAUUGCCCGAGUCCUGAAGCUACUGAAGAUGGCAACUGGGAUGCGGGCUUUGCUAGACACCGUUGUGCAAGCACUGCCACAGGUGGGGAAUCUUGGAUUGCUCUUCAUGCUUCUUUUUUUCAUCUAUGCUGCUCUCGGAGUGGAGCUCUUUGGAAAGCUUGUAUGCAAUGAUGAGCACCCUUGUGAAGGCAUGAGUCGCCAUGCCACCUUUGAGAACUUUGGGAUGGCCUUCCUCACACUUUUCCAGGUCUCCACUGGUGACAACUGGAAUGGAAUUAUGAAGGACACGCUUCGUGACUGCACCCACGAUGACCGGAGUUGUCUCAGCAACUUGCAGUUCAUCUCGCCACUCUACUUUGUCAGUUUUGUGCUCACGGCCCAGUUUGUCCUCAUCAACGUAGUGGUAGCCGUACUCAUGAAGCACUUAGAUGACAGCAACAAGGAAGCUCAGGAAGAUGCUGAAAUGGAUGCUGAGAUUGAGCUUGAGAUGGCUCAUGGGUUGUGCGCACGUCGCUCUAGCUCGCCAGGUGCUGGACAAGAUGGAGGAGGUGGGAGAGUGGACCCUGAAGGACACCUAUGCAUGACAUGUUACUCUCCUGCACAGGAGAACUUAUGGCUGGACAGUGUCUCUUUAAUUAUUAAGGACUCCUUCGACGGGGAGUUAAUGAUCAUCGAUAACCUAUCGGGCUCCGUCUUCCAUCAUUACUCCUCGCCGGCCAUGUGCGAGAAGUGUAACCAUGACAAGCAAGAGGUCCAGUUGGCUGAAAUGGAAGGCUUAUCGCUCAGCUCUGAUAAGUCUUCUAUACUGCUAGGGGAUGAUGAAGACAACCACAGCGUUGAUCAUCUGAGCCCUAAGGAAACUAAGGAUGAUCUGGGCAGUCCCAGCUCCCAGGGGAUGGGAGAUUUGGAGGACUGUCUCCUCCCUUCGACAAACUCAGAAGCUUCCCCAGCUCCAGAAAGUUACUUACGUGAAAUGGAAGAAAUCCCUUUCAGUCCAGUCCAGUCUUGGCUGAAGAAUGAGAACAAUCAAGGUAGUCCUUCUACUCCCUUCUCCACAGAUACAGCCAAUCCUCAGUUACCAGUUCCAGCAGAGUUUUUCCAUCCAGUUGUCUCUGCCAAUCAGCCAGGUCAGGAUAAAGCUUCCCGCCCAGAGAAUCUCCCUAAAAUCUCUCUUCAGGCUUCCUGGGCAUCAUUGCAAGCUCCAAGAGUGAACUGCUCGCUUCUCCACCAGACCACUGAGAGUGACACCUCGCUGGAUGACAUCAGGAGCAACAGCUCAGAAGGCAGCUUGCAGACCACCCUGGAGGACAGCUUGAACCUCAGUGACUCACCCCAGUGCACACUGGACCUCCCAGUAGCUUUGUGCCCAGUGCCAGCAGCAGCCGCCCAAAGAGCUUUGGUGGCACCACUUUCCCCUGCCUCUCGAAGGCAGAGCUUGAGGGGCCGAGGAAUUUUCACCCUCCGGAACAUCAGGCGGCACCAACGGAGCCACAGCAGUGGCGGGAGCACCAGCCCCGGUUGCACCUACCAUGACUCCAUGGACCCUUCUGACGAGGAGGGUGCUGGGAGCAGCUUAAGGGGUGGAGGCAACAACAGUGAGCAGUCAGAGACCCUCAGCAGUCUCUCUCUGACAUCUCUCUUCUCGCCGCCCCCUCCACCCCAAGGUCUGGCACUCGUUAAGAAGUGCAACAGCACCAGCAGUCUGCACUCCAACCCUUCUUCACGGGGUCCUGCAGCAACUGAAGCCAAGCAAUUCUAUUCAGUUGACCCAAGGGGGUUUCUAUCCAUGCCUUCAUGGGUGACGGACUUCUGCAAGAACAGCCCUUCUCCAAGGGAGGGCGAGGUACCAGACCUGGGCUCAGACAGACUUGGGACUGUGGAUCGCAGCUCCCCAGUUCCUCCUGAGUUGGAGCUGGGAAAUGGAGUCAGCAAGAGGAAUAGAUGA